AUGCUCCCUGAAGAUGUUUCUCUUCCAUCUCUUAAGACUCUCUUUCUUGAUUCGGUUUAUUUCUACAAUAGUAGUUAUUGUGUUUUGUGCCCUCUGCUUGAGGAGUUGACCAUUCACGGUGACUGCUGGCAACUUCGAAAAUGCAGUCGCACAGUGUCCUCGUCGACCCUUAAGAAGCUUACCAUUAUGUGUACUAAUCGUGAGGAUUUUUGGGGCAUCACUUUCGAUACUCCGAAUCUUGCCUACUUGGAAUACUCUGAUUUAAUUCCAAGAGACUAUCCAUUUGUGAAUCUUGAGUCACUUGUCGAACUUAAGCUUGAUCUUUAUUUGUGUGCUGGUCAUAGCAAUCCAACAAAUCUGCUUAAGGGGUUAAGAAAUGUUGAGGCUUUGGAGUUAUCAUCUAAUGACACUUCAAGGAUGAUCUAUCAUUUUCGUGAAGUAAUCCCAGUGUUCAACAUCCUAUUUCGUUUAUCUAUUACAACUCAUUCACUCGGCUACGAUUGGGAAGUUCUGCCAAUACUUCUAAAAAAUUCUCCAAAUCUACAAACCCUCGUCAUUAAGGGUCCAUUGGACGCUGAGAAACGUAAACGAGGUAGAGGAUAUGUACCGUCAUGUCCUGUGAAAGUAUUGAAGAUAACUGAACGACGACAAGGAAAAGUCUCGAGUCACCAAAGAUUUGCUAAUGGUUCCAAGAUCAUCCAAGUGCAAAAUCCAGAUCAAUCCAAGAAUGCAUCUAAUUACAUUCCUGAUAAGAUUUUUGUCACCUCUUGGUGGUUUGCUGCUUUCAUUGAGAACACUAAUCUUGUGGCCUCAUGGACUGAUGACGAGCUUGUGCAUUUGAAGCUGGGCAAGCUGCUCUUCUUUUUCUUGAAGAAGCCGGUGCAUAUCCGGGUCUUGGACACUCGAUCAGUGAUAGGAGCCGCAAUUUCUGGAAUCAUGGAUCAAGCAAAGGAUGUAGGCAAACUUGCACUCAAGCGGAUGGAUUCCCUUCAACUCUUUAAAUCAUCAAUCAGUUUACCGAAGAUGACACCAAUCUUGUGGUCUCAUGCCGUUGAUGACAAGACUGAAGUAUUCGAAGCUGGUCAAGCGGGUCUUUCUUUUCUUCAAGAGGCCUGUGAAUUGAAGGCUUGUCCGGAUCUCGGGUUCUCGAUCAGUAAUAAGGAGCUGCAAUAUCUGGAGUCAUGGAUCAAACAACGGAUGCAGAGUUCGUCUUCUUAA